UCUUGUAAUUGAAGAUUUAAUUAGAACUAUUUAGAAUGAAAUCCUGGAUGGGUAACUUACUAUUUGACCUGGGUCUGGAUUAAAGCACAGUUAUGGAGGUGCCAUAGACAUUAUAAAGUAUAGUAACUCCAAUGCCAUAAACCUAAAACUCCCAGGGUCCAGGUAAUAAAGAAUGUGGCGUGUUCAUUUUGUUAUUUAAAAUGUAAAUAGUUAAAAUACAAAAAAAAAAAACUCAGUUUAUCAUGCUGUAAAAAAAGAUCUAAUCGGCUAUGUGAGAAAUUAAUUCUGUGGUUUUGUAGCGCUGAAACAGUUAUUCAGAAGGUGUGAUUCAUGCAGGGGUGGGCUUAUCACAGGAAUUGUGGUGUUAAAGUAGCAAAAUGUUAGCAAGUAUGCAUUUUCCACUCUAACAAAAAAUAUUAAAACCUCUAAUUGUAUUUCUGUAAUUAGGGGUAAGUGGUAUUUCCGUCAGUGGAGUAGUUUUAAACUAAAUUAAGCAUUCUGGGCCUAUAAAGCAAGAGGCUUUAGGACCUGAUGUUUAAUUAUAGAAAAAGUUGGAAAAACUGCCCUGGACAUGUUACACACUAUUGGACAUGCAAUUAUGUAUGUACUGUCGCUGUGCACCAUCUGCAAAUGUUUACUGUGUUUAUUUUUUCUAUUCUAUGAAAUCGCCAUUCUAGCAUGCUAAAUUUCAAACCCUGUUCAGAGUUCUGGUAAAUGGAGCAACGCCUCCUGUGUAGUGGUGUCAUUGUUUCCUGUUCAGUCAUUUUAGCAGAGUGAAGAAUGCUUUUUUUAUGCUGGUUGUGGUAUGUAUGCAGCUUUUAAACUGUUUUAUAUAAUAGUUACAAAUAAUUGUUUAGUAUAAUGUUAAUUUGACAUGUUUUAGAAAACAAUCUGAUUCUCAGCACAAAAAGUAAAUUAUUUGAACAGUUAAGUGUUUUAAAACUUGUAUUGUUUCACUGUUGCAACAUUGAUGUACUUUAAAGGUCUGGUUAUACAGACCCCAGUUGCAUCGUCCUCUAGAAUUAACUAAUUUUGCUUGAUAUAGUCGAAUGAAACCUGCUGAAUAACAUAUCGAAUUACGUUCCACUUUGUAGUUUUUCAUAUACUUAACUAAAAACUGGCAAGUUUAAAAAUGUGACAUUUCGAAAUCUAACUACUGUACUACUAUUAUGACUCCCGGUUAUAACAUUGGUUACUAGAUGUUAAAUAAAGAUCUCAAUUAUGUUCAUAUAGUUUUAAAAAUAAAUGGUCUCAAUCCUAAAAUUCUAGGUGAUGCAAAAGUUUUGGAAACAGCUGUAGUUGUAGCUUUUAACAACACUACAAAAGAUUCAUGAUUAUACUUUAUUUCUUUAAAAAAAAAAAAAAAGGUUUUAAAAAUGCUAUGAGUUAAAGCUGUGUUUUAGAGGUUCACCUUUUUAAUGUCCUGCAUGUUCUUUUUUUCUGCCAUGUUAAUUAUUUUGUGAAUUUGGUCUUAGAUACCACUUAGUAUUAACAGCUAAAAUGUUCUGAAACUGAAAAUCAGGAGACAAAACCACUGACAGCAGAAGGAUAGCAGUCCUUCAUAUUAAAGAGAAAUAAAAAAGAUCCUUUCUCAGCAAGGAAGGAAAUGUGUUAGUAAACAGUUACUGAGUUGCUACAUGUUGUGGGUGAUUUUGUCACCUUGAAGCUUCCUUUUGGCAGUUAGCAUGAACAAAUGUGUCGCAGAUUUAAAUUGUGUUAAAUUAAUCCAUUAAUAUGGAGAGGACAGAACUCUUGUUAAAGUUGUUUCUUAUCUAAAUUGUUUGUUAGUUUAUUUGGACUCUUCUGAAAAAGACAGUGAGUUUCACCAAGUCAGGGAAAAGUCAGAAAAACACACCCUACACCGUACAUGCAAUUCUGUAUGUACGAUCAUUGUACACUGUCUGAUUAAUGUUUUAUUGCAUUUAUUUUUUUAAAUCACCAUCCUAGCAUACAAGUGUAAAUGUCGAACCCUGUGGUGACCCAACAGCCGGCCGCAGGCUCAUAUGGCACAAAUGUUCAGACUGGUGAAUGGAGCACCGGACUUUGCUCCUGUUUUAAAGAUUGCCUUGUCUGUAUUUGUGGUCUGUGCUGCCCGAUAGCACUGGGAUGCUACACUGCUAACAUUUAUGGGGAAAACUGCUGUUUGGGCUGUGUGCCAGGGGGCAUGACUGCUUUAAGAACUCACAUGAGAAUGACCUAUGGCAUUCAGGGGACGGUCUGUAAUGACGCACUCAUGACGUUCUUCUGUGGUGUCUGUGAGACUUGCAGAAUGGCCCGAGAAGUCCGUAUUCGCAAUGGAGACGUUUCAUAACCCAUACAAAAAAAUAAAAACAUGUCUGAUAUUUUA